AUGAGUUUACUGGAUUCGCUAACUGGGAGUAAGCUCGUUUUGCCAAAGGAAGGAGCUAAUGAAAUCGAGCUCGAUGAAAAUGGUACUUGUUGUAAAGUCAUCCCUCCAGCCCACCCAUACAUUAAUUUUAUAUGUUAUCUCACGCCAGACGAUGUUGCCAUUGGACUGGAAAUGGAUGGAAUGUAUGCGCUUCCCGGCGAAAUCGAAGAAAAUGUGAAUUAUCGACAUGCUCAAUAUCAUGCACGGUGGAAGAAUGUCAAUGAAAAGAUACAGGAAGUCAUUUUGACAAUGAAUCAACAGUCUCUGGCAAAGAUUCUUGAUUUCGUGGCACAUGCUCAUCCUUCAGUUGGACAAGAACCUCGGCCAUUGCAAGUUCGCAAAGUCACGACUGUAACAAGCCUCAUCUUUUCAGGAAUCAACAUACCCGAUCAAGAAACCUUAAUUGGUAGUCUAGCGACUCAGUUACAAGAAGCUAAAGAACGAGUCGCAAUCAUGUGGUCCAGAAACUGUUCUUCAUUAAAAGGAACGCUCAGGAGCCUGAUACAGAAACUUGUGGGUGAUUUUGAUGAUGGUGAUGAAGAGAUGGGCGAUGCUAAUGAUGAGGACAACGACAUGAUUGAAAUCAAUACCAGUGUACAUAAACGUGCACUUUGUGCUGAUGAUAUGCGCCGAUUGACCGGAUGGUAUGAGCACAUGAAGGAUAAACAGCCUGAUGCUUUACCUGGAAGUCUCGUUGUUUUGAUGCCGGAUAUGGAAUGUUUUGAUCCCCAGAUCUUGGCUGAUUUGAUAUUUAUCUGCAGAGAAUACAUAGAUCGCUUGCCCUUUGUGCUUUUGAUUGGUGUUGCUACUUCUGUGGACGCUUUACAUCAACUGUUGCCGAAAUCUGCUAUAAGUCUGUUAUCAACAGAAACAUUCAAGUUGCAGUUAUCGGAGAAUUGUCUUGAUGGAAUUGUUGAAGAGAUUUUCAUGAAGAGUGCAUCCGGUCUGAAGCUGGGUGCUCAAGUAUAUGAUUACUUGCUGGCCAAGUUUGAUCAUUAUGAUUUAUGUGUUGGAGAGUUUGUGCGCGGUAUUCAGUAUUCUCAUAUGAGACACUAUUUCGGUGAACCUCUGAGUCUCCUUACGGAUCUGACUGUUGAUGUUGAAGGUUAUCAAGAUGUUUUGGACUCGUUACAGGAUGUUCAUUAUGAUCGUAUUCGCUCCUUGAAGUCCUUUCAGAGGCAUCAUCAGGCAAUGAUUGAGAAGGACGUUGAAAAAGCAGAAGCCCUAUUACGCGACAAUGUGGCUUUACAGGCUGAGGUCGCUGCAUUACUGAACGAGUUUCAGUCGUAUCAUGCACGAUAUUUGGCUGCUCUAGAAUGUAUAUCCAGUAUGCAAUCAGUUCUCAAGUCAGCAUUAGUCAAGUAUUCCAAACGCAGACGAUAUAACAUGGGUCUCAAAUCGAAUCUGCCAGAUGCAGAUCACGUUAAGGCUAUGGUCGAGGCUAUUCGUACUUUGACAUUUUCAGAUGCUAAAACAUUAUUGAAAUUGUGCAUCGACGCUCUGGAUCUGACAGUAGAGUCAGCGCAAUCAACUCCAUUUGAGAAGGCCACACUAGAAACAUUUUUGAAGGAUUUAGAGCAAUACAGUGAUUCAGAACAAGGCAGAGGCAGCACCUCUCGUCCUGCGACUGCAAGUCGAUCUGUCUAUACAACACAUGCAGGUAGAGCAUCACAAGUGGUGGUUGGUAAUACUGCCUAUGUGUCUCAAAAUGACAUCAAGAAGAUUAUGACAGCAUCUCUGUCAACUCGUAAAACCAAAGUAUCUACCCAACUCAAGCCAAUUGAUUAUGACUUGAUUGAGAAGGUGGAUGAAGAUACUUGGGAAGGGUAUCUGUUUGAUUUGUCCAAAUUUUUCAGGAAUUUCUUCAAGGAGGCUUUAAGGACGUAUACGUCAAUACCUCUGUAUGAGAUCAUGUAUAGUAGCAACUCGAAAGUAUUAGAACGUGCCUUCUCACCACAAACACGAACAUCAGUACAAUCAGCUCUAACAAUAUCCAAACGUUACCUCGACUGUGAAUGCUGUCAGGAUCUUGAUCCACGUGAUCCUCAUCCAUCACUAGAAGACACUCAGAUAGCAUACCGACUCUACCUAGAAUGUGGUAAAUUCAUCAAUCUGUACGAUUGGUAUGUCGCCUUUCGAACCAUCUUGGAACGUGAUGGUGUAUGGCUGAAGGUGGUUGGUGGUACUGAAGAUGGAUCACCAGGUCAAUUAGAGGUACAUGCGCGGUUUGUGAGGGCUGUUGAUGAAUUGAAGUUGCUUGGCUUUAUCAAACAGUCUGGACGGAAGAAGGAUCAUGUUGCGAGAUUGACUUGGUGA